AUGUCCCUGGACCGUAAAGACGCGUCCAAGUCCCCCGGCAAGGCGAGACCUUUGCGCGUCAUUGAUCUCUGCACUGGCACAGGUUGCAUACCACUUCUUCUGCACGCAUUACUUGCUCCUCAUUUCCAGAAGCUGGAAAUAAUAGGAGUGGAUAUCAGCCCCACGGCCUUAGCCCUAGCCCAGGAGAACCUCGAACAUAAUCUGCAACUGGGCCAAUUGGCAUCCAGUGCAACCACAAACAUCCGCUUUCACCGCGCCGAUGUCCUCGAACAUGGAAAUGACAAUUCAGUACCGUCCAUUGAAUCAAUACUGCAAACGCAGUUCCCAAAUUUUAGAGCAUUGAACACCUCACUACCCGACCAAGAAAGUGGAUGUGAUCUAUUAAUUUCCAACCCACCAUACAUAUCCCAAACAGAGUUCCGAAACGGCACCACUGCGCGCAGUGUACGGCGUUUCGAGCCCAAGCUGGCACUUGUACCUCCAUACUCGGGCAACGAGAUGGAAGACUGUAUGCCUGAGGAUAUCUUCUACCACCGAAUUCUCACUCUGGCAUUCAAGUUGAAGGCCAAGCUCACGGUGCUGGAGUGUGGGGAUUCUAGCCAGGCUAAUCGAGUGGUUGCUCUUCACAGGCGACUUGCUUUGGCGGAAUCUGGAAAGUUCAGUGCGGAGGUUUGGCCGACUCGAGAGAAGGAUUUGGCUGAUAAUGGGUUUCAUGUGACUGACGGAUCGCGAGCUGUUAUCAUACGGACUCUCCGGUAG